AUGGACCUGAGCGCGUUCGAACGGGACAAUGCGGCGAAUCGCUUGUUGGGGUCGGCGGUGCCUCCCGCUUGCCGGACCGAGCCCUGCAGCCUCGGCAUUGACGAGGCAGGCCGGGGCCCCGUGUUGGGUCCCAUGGUGUACGGAAUAUGUUACUGUCCUGUGACCCGGCAAGGGGAUCUAGAGACCCUGAAAGUAGCAGACUCCAAGACCCUGACUGAGGUUCAGCGGGAGCAGCUCUUUGAGCAACUGAAUGCAGCCAAGGAUUUUGUAGGUUGGGCCCUGCAUAUUCUCUCCCCCAACUUCAUCUCAACUAGCAUGCAGCAGCGAGCGAAGUACAACCUGAACGCGCUUUCACACGACACAGCCAUCGGCCUGAUCCAGCAUGCCUUGGACUCAGGGGUUCAGGUUGCAGAGGUCUUUGUGGAUACAGUGGGGCCAGCAGAAAAAUACCAAGAGAAACUAAAACGCCAGUUCCCGGGACUGGAGGUCACUGUGAGAGCCAAGGCAGACUCCCUCUUCCCCGUUGUCAGCGCUGCCAGCAUCUGUGCCAAAGUGGCCAGGGACAGGGCUGUAAAAAACUGGAAAUUUGUGGAGGAUCUGGAAGAUGCUGCAUUGGAUUAUGGCUCUGGCUAUCCCAAUGAUCCCAAGACUAAAGAGUGGCUUGCACAAAAUCUGGACCCUGUCUUUGGUUACCCACAAUUUGUACGAUUCAGCUGGAGUACCGCUCAGACCAUCCUGGAGAGCAAAGCUGUGCCUGUCUGCUGGGAUGACAGUGAAGAUGACCCGUCCCAGAGAAGCGCCCAGUCCCUGCUGAGCUUCUUUGCCCGGAAAGAUGCUCCUAUCAAGCGCCCUCUCCAUCGCUUCUUUCACGAACGCAAGCUAGAGACAGCGACCAGCCUCUGA